AUGGAACGUGAUGUAUCUACUAUUAUUGAACAUCUAGAGUCUCAAAAUCUCAAUGGUAUAUCCACUGGUUUGUAUUUGCUAGAAAAUUUACUUAAAAAUUUAUUACCAUCGAUUGAGAAAUCAUAUCGAAAGACAACUACACAAUCAACACCACAUGCUCAACAAGUAUUAGAAUUUUUGGACCUACAAAAUAAUUUUAGUUUUAAUUUGACUUCGGUUUUAAUACGCAUUUAUCGAUAUGACUUAUCGCCAAAGGAUAUAUUAACAAGUAACAAAUUACUACAAGGUUUGUUAUUACUACAUCCACAAUCAAAAACAGUAUUUAAUAAAAGUGAGAAUAUGGAGCUUAUACUUGAACUACUAAACUAUAGUUUUUCGGGUUAUGACCAAAGUCUAAAUAUAAUUAUAUCAGCUAUCACAACAUUAAUGCACAUUUUGCUUAAAAAUUAUAAUAAUUACAGAGUUUUUGAAGCAAAUAAUGGUUGUAAAACAAUUAUUAAAAAUUUAAGAUUAAAUUCAAUAAAUGAUAUAAAUAAUUUAAAUGAUUUAGAAAAUAAUUCCUUAUCUUUAGUUCAACAGAAUUUGAAUUAUAAAAUCAUUGAGUUUUUGAUGUUUUAUACUAUGGAUGAACAAGAUAAUCCUAAUCCUAUAACUACAGAAGAGAAAGUUGCAUUUUUCAAAGAUGAAUUUCCAGAAAUCAAUGCUUUAGUCGAGAGUUUAAAUAAAUUGAUUGAUCUAUAA